CCCGCGCGCCGCCAUGGCGCAGCCCGGCCGCGCCGUCACCGUGAGCGACGUGCAGCAGCUGGUGCGCAGGAAGGACGAGAUCGAGGCGCAGAUCAAGGCCUACUACGAGGUCCUGGAGGACCAAAAGGGCGUCGGGAUGAACGAGCCGCUCGUGGACGUGGAGGGGUUUCCGCGCGCCGACAUCGACCUCUACCAAGUGCGGACAGCCCGGCACAACAUCAUCUGUCUGCAGAACGACCACAAGGCCCUGAUGAAGCAGGUGGAGGAAGCCCUUCACCAGCUGCACGCCCGGGAGAAGGAGAAGCAGGCCAAGGAUGAGGCUGAAGCCUUGGCUGAGGCCAGGAGCCAGGAGCAGGGCCUGCCACGGGCUUUUGCCAGGGUUAACGAGGUCACACCAGGCUCUCCUGCGAGUCUCUCGGGGCUCCAGGUCGACGAUGAGAUUGUGGAGUUUGGCUCUGUCAACGCACACAACUUCCAGAACCUGCAGAACAUCGCCACAGUGGUGCAGCACAGCGAAGGGAGACCCCUGAGCGUGACUGUGAUCCGCAGCGGCAAAAAAGUGCACGUGGGGCUGACACCAAAGCGCUGGGCCGGGAAGGGCCUCCUGGGCUGCAAUAUCAUUCCCUUGCAACGAUGACUCUUGCUUGGAAAACAGUAAAGUUGAAGCUUGUGCCUGCUUUCUGGGCUGUGAUCUGAUUGGAAAACUUCCCUUACAGUCUUCGUGUGUUUUGCUGGGACAGAUAUUUCAGAGGCUGUGACCUCCAGGU